AUGGCGACUUCGGAAGGUGGACGCGAGCCUCGCGGUAGGCAGUCUCCGUCGCGCUUCCGCCCAACGGCCUGGGCGCUGGUUCUGCUUGCGCUUCUCUCGGUCGUCCUCUCCAAGAGUGGACGCCUGUCGCAUCGAGUGGCGGCUGGCAGGGGGAAAGCGAAUCGAGCGGGGGAGGAGACAGCGGCCUUCUCUGCUGGCGCACAUCCGCUGGGCCUUGGGGCGACGACUCCUCUGCUCGCCGCAGCUUCUGCGCCGCGCACUCCUCCGCGCCGGCUGUCUGCGGAGGCCUCGGUUUCCUCGCCUGCUCCCGCGUCUGCUGAAGCUUCGCCUUCUCUCGGCAGCCGGUUGAUCUCCUUUCUGUCGGGAAAUCCGAAAAAGGAGGGCCCUGACGGGCUCGAGAAAGCUGCCGAGACACAAACGCCAGAUGAAGGGGGAAGCGCCGCCGCGAACCCGCUUGCCGCCGCCGCGCCUGGCGACGAGGCUUCUCCCGCGGUGUCGCCGCCGAGCAGCGCAGCGGCCGCAGGCGCCUCCGCUUCGGGCGCGAACGGCGAGGGCCCUAGUGGAGCCCCAAGCGGGUCGCCCCCCACCCCAGAGGCGCCCGUGCAGGGGCAGGAGGCGCAGAAGCCAGACGCUCUGGAGCGAGCGGAGACGAGCACGAAGACUGAGGCGCAGCGGGCGGCGGGCUCUCCGGACGGCGAGAAAGCUGCAAGCUCCUCCUCCUCGUCUCCCUCGCCAGACUCCUCUAGCGGCGCGGAAACGCCCGCAGGCGACAAGCCUGGCGAGCACGCCGAGGCCUCCUCUGCGGCCUCGCAGGGCGCGCCUGGCGCCACGACUUCGCCGGCACCGCCUCCGCCGGCUGUUGUGAUUCCCGCGGUGCUUCAGAAGGAGAGCGACACCCACGGUGGGCACAUGACGCUCACGAUUCCGCUGGAGGCUCUGCCUGGCUUGGCGUCGUCUGGCGGAGAUGUCUUGCCUCCGCUGUCCCUCGACACCGCCGGCAGCCCAGUGACCGCGAACGGCUCCUCGCCCCCGUUCCCUUCCCCCACGGCCGCGUCGGCGCCGGCGUCGGGCGAGAGCGCGGCGCCGAAUGCGACGUCUGCACAUGUCGCGCGGGGGGAGGCAGAGCCUGCGCCUGCGCCGGCGUCGCUCCCGCCUCUGCAGUGGCUGCAGGCGCUGGAUGGGGGGAAGCUGGGGGAGGCGCUGGUCGUGGUGAAGGCGCGGAAGGACGAGUCGGAGAAGAAGGGCGGCGGCGCGAAGAGCGACGCGGAGUUGGCGCAGGUUCUGAAGGUGCUUCCCGAGGGCGAGAUCUUCCGCGAGGGCAGCGGAAAGCUUCCAGACGACAUCUACCUGAUCAGCCACGUGUCGGGUGCUGAGAAGCGCGGGCGGCGCGGCCUGCCGCUGGCUGCCCAGAAGGCGAUCGGCGGCGACGAUGGCGGCGCCGAGGAGGGGGCGACGACGCCUGCGUCGUCGUUGGAGGACCUCAGCAGCAACGAGCGCGAAAUGGUGCUUAGCGCCGGGCUUCUCACGUUGCUGCUCGUCCUCUCGGUCUCCCUCGUGCUUUCUCACGUCUCGCGCAAGUGUCGGUUGCGUUGGCUCCAGAUGCCCGUCUGCGCGACGCUCCUCGGGCUGCUCGUCGGCGCGGUUCUCAAGUUCGGUCUGAAGGUUCAGGGACCGAUCCUCGGCAGCGUGCUGGCGAUGAACGAAGACGUCUUCUUCGUCAUGCUGCUACCCCCCAUCAUUUUCGAAGGGGGACUCAGUCUGUCGGAGGGGUCACUGUCGGUUCCUUUCAUGCGGAACUUCGGCGCGAUCAUGUGGCUGGCGUGCUUCUGCACGAUUCUCUCCUUCUGCUGGGUUGGGGCGUUCAUGUUCUUUGGAGGCGUCCUCGGCCUCUCGAUGGCGCUCACCGUCCGCCAGGCCUUCGCCUUUGGAGCCCUCAUCAGCAGCACCGACCCCGUCUCCGUGCUCGCCCUCUUCAAAGACCUCCACGCAAAAAAAAUUAUCCACGCCCUGGUGUUUGGGGAGAGUCUGCUCAACGAUGCGAUUUCCAUCGUCCUCUAUCGCACCAUCGCGAGCGAAGACACCGCCAGCGUCGGCUCCGCGAUCCUCGCCUUCUUCCUCACGUUCUUCGUCUCGCUCGCCAUCGGCCUCGCAGUCGGAUUCUCCUGUGCGCUGACCUACAAGUACAUGGACCUGCACAAGCAGGAGAAUCAAACUCUCGAGUCUGCUCUUCUUCUCCUUUUCCCCUGGAUGGCCUAUCUGGUCGCAGACGGGGCGGGCUACUCUGGCAUCGUGGCGAUCUGCUUCUGCGGCGUAACCAUCGGGAAGUACGCCGUGCCCAAUCUCUCAGCUUCCGCGCGCGCAACAUCGCGAAGCGUCUUCAACUCCUUCGCGCUGCUCGCGGAGACGGUUGUGUUUGUCUUUCUCGGCCUCGCCGUCUUCUCCUUCGAUCAGCCGCGCGACGAGGAGUUCUCUGUCGGGCUUUACGUCCUCGGGUUCAUCGCAACCUUCUCCGCGCGGGCCGUCAGCGUCUACGUGACGUGUGCCAUCAUCAACCUCUUCCGCGCGACGGCGAAAAUCACCCCCUCGCAGCAGCUAGCCUUGGUGUUCUGUGGACUCCGCGGCGCCAUAGCGUUCGCCCUGUCGGAGCGAGCCGGGCGCGAUUUCGGCGGCAAGGAAGGCGCCGCGCUGCUGUCUCUCACGCUUUACCUUGCGCUGUUCACCAUUCUCGUUCUGGGCCCGUCUCUCGUGUUUAUUUUGGAUCGCCUGGGAAUUUUCGAGAAGCGCAGUCCGCACCGCGCGUCUUCUCUAGGCGGCUGGUCGGAGGCUGGGGAACUCUGUCGCUCGUCGUCGGACUUCAGCGCGCGGAGAGGCGUCCCUGGAGGGGCUGGCAGCGACGAGGAUGAGAUCGGUGACGACGAAGGCAGCCUCGAAGCCAUGACGCGCGGAACGUGUGGAGGCCUCAAGAGACUGCUACUUCAGAUGGAUCGAAAGUUCAUGAUUCCGCUCUUCACUCACAGCGACGGCCGCCACGAUCCGCCAGUUCGCGCGAGCUCGCGGCUGCCGCGUCCGCUUUCUUCCUUUUUCUUGUCGUCUUUCGGCAGGCACCGCAUCGCUUCGCCGGCUUCUGCGUCGACGUCGAGUGCGUUUGCGACGUUCGCGGGGCUCGGACUGUCCUCGAAGGGCUUCUCUGCGUCGCCUGCGCCUGCUCUGCGCACGUCUCCGCCGGGCUCCGCGCGCUCGCUAGUCGGGCAGCGCAUGCGCGUCGGUUUUUUCUCCUCGUCGCCAGCCUACACACGGGUGCCGACCUACGCAGGCAGCUCGCGCAGCAGCGCCGGCAGCGGCAGCGGCGGCGAUCUGUCGCGCGAGGCGAGCCGCGGUCUCUCCUGGGAUGGGCUGCGGCGCUCGCUCGGCGUCUCCAGCGCGGCGCUCGCCGCACGGAGUGUCUCGAUGCGCAGAACUCGAGGCGGCGACCCCGAGGUCCAAGAGAUGGCGGUCUUCCGCGAAGGAGGAUCGGCGCCUCGCCGCUCCAGUCAAGUCGGCAAACACCCAUCGCCCGCCGCGAGGGAGCGCGGCGAAGACGACGGGCGGGAAGGCGGCUGGGGGGCGGCAGCCGCGCGAUCUUCCGCGUCGCUGAGCGACACCGAGGAGGGUGGGGAGAGGGCGCGCAGCAGCUGGCGGCGUGGGCGAGGCGCGUCUCGGGGCGACGCAGAUAGCGCCGAAGAGGACGUGGAUUUGGGUGAGACUGCCAGCGAAGCGCCCACGAGAGAAGACGAGCUCUGGCGAGACACGAGGCGAGGCAGAAACGGCUUCUACGCCGUGGCAGAGGAGGGGAAGGAAGGUAGCAGUCCGCAGGACUUCUCUGAGGCGGAGCAAGCGGGCCUCGUGACCGUGGUGGGCGCGUCGGCGCGCGCGUCGCCGCAGUCGCCUGCGUCUCUCUCGUCUCCCUCCUCUGCGCUGCUUUAUUCACCAGCGGCGGAAAGCGAAGAACCCUGCAGCGGCGUCUACUCAGAAGGAGACAGCAGACUUUUGCGCGCGGUGCGGGCACCCGCGGAGGAGGCUGCGCAAAGGAACGGCGGGCCUCUCCCUGUGCUCGUCGGGCGCGCCAGCGCGGGCGCGGGCGCGGCUGCAGGCGGCGGGGCCUACCCUGUCGUCGGGCUCGGAGACUUCGAGGGCGGAGGAGGAAGAGACGGCGCAUGGCGGGGGCAGAAGCGGGAGCCGGGAAGCCCCUCGGAUUUUUCAGACUUCGGCAGCGAAAGCUCUGGGAACGAAGACCGCGUCAACAAUGGUUUGACAGAGGUCGUCCUCGGUAGCGAGCGCGCCGAGGCAAACUGGAAGUCACGAGUCCGCGACGGCGGAGAGCGAGGAAGGAGGCACGAAGACGACCAGGCAGCCUCGGGCGAGGAGAAACUCACGAGUCUGGAGAACGGGGCAGUGGCGGAAGGAAACGGCGACAGCAGAACUGUCGCCUCUCAGCGGAACCAAAGAGAUGCGGCAGAGGACCGCGGCUAG